CGCCCUUUGGCGGGAUUUUCGCGGGUCCCGGCUCUGGGUUCCCACCGCUCCGGACCUGGGACCGCUGCCGGGAUUCUGGGCGGCCUCCAGGCCACCAUGGCCGUGUCCGCCGAGCGCCUGCUGGAGGAGCUGCAGAUCUUCGGGCUGGACUGCGAGGAAGCCCUGAGUGAGAAGCUGGUGGAGCUGUGCGCGCUGUCCGGGCAGGACGAGGAGGGGCUGGUGAGCGAGCUGGUGGCCUUCUGCACCAGCAAACAGAAGGUGUCCCUGACCGCCGAGAUCCUGGGCUCCUUUGAGUACGAGUUGCUGAGCAAAAGAACAUCGAGAACCAAGGCUGGGCACGGUGCCAGCAGGGAUGGCGGGCACGCAGGAGCCAGAGACAUUGUCUCCAUCCAGGAGCUAAUCGAAGUGGAAGAAGAAGAGGAGAACCUCUUGAACGCCUACACCACACCCUCGAAGGGCUCUCAGAAGCGUGCUGUCACCACCCCCGAGACCCCCCUAACAAAGAGGAGAGUCUCCACUCGCAGUCCCCACCAGCUCCUCUCACCAUCCAGCUUCUCGCCCAGUGCCACCCCGUCUCAGAAAUACGCCUCAAGAAAUAACCGAGGGGAAGUGGUCGUGUCCUUCGGCUCAGCCCAGGGAGUGUCUUGGUCCGGAAGCCGGGGCGCUGGCAACGUCAGUGUGAAGGUGCUGGGCUGCCCAGAGCCGCUGACCGGGAGCUACAAGUCCAUGUUUCAGAAGCUCCCAGACAUUCGAGAAGUCUUGACCUGCAGGAUAGAGGAGCUUGGCAGCGAACUGAAGGAGCACUACAGGAUCGAGGCCUUCGCCCCUGUCCUGGCCCCAGCACAGGAGCCGGUCACUCUGCUGGGCCAGAUCGGCUGUGACAGCAACGGGAAGCUCAACAGCAAGUCUGUGAUCCUGGAGGGGGACCGGGAGCACUCCUCGGGCGCGCAGAUCCCGGUGGACCUCUCCGAGCUCGAGGAAUAUUCGCUGUUUCCCGGGCAGAUUGUGCUUAUGGAGGGGACCAACACCACGGGCAGAAAGUUUGUCGCCACCAAACUCUACGAGGGCCUGCUGCUUCCUUUCUACCAGCCCUCUGAGGAAGAGGAGGAUGGAGGUUCAGAGCAGACCAUGGUCCUUCUGGCCUGUGGGCCAUUCACCACGUCUGACAGCAUCACCUACGACCCCCUGCUGGACCUGAUCGCCGUCAUCAACCGUGACCGGCCAGACGUCUGCAUCCUGUUUGGACCAUUCCUGGAUGCGAAGCACGAGCAGGUGGAGAGCUGUCUCUUGACAAGCCCGUUCGAAGAUGUCUUCAAGCAGUGUCUCCGGACGAUCAUCGAAGGGACGCAAAGCUCUGGCUCCAACCUCGUCUUCAUCCCGUCCCUGCGAGACGUGCACCACGAGCCCACCUACCCGCAGCCGCCCUUCUCCUGCCCUGAGCUGCCCCCCGAGGACAGGAAGCGCGUGCAGUUCGUGUCCGAGCCCUGCAGCCUCAUGGUCAACGGCGUCGUGUUUGGCCUUACAUCCACCGACCUGCUGUUCCACAUGGGUGCCGAGGAGAUCAGCAGCUCCUCAGGACCCUCUGACAGGUUCAGCCGUAUCCUCAAGCACAUCCUGACCCAGAGGAGCUACUACCCGCUGUACCCGCCGCAGGAGGACGUGGCCAUCGACUACGAGCACUUCUACGCCUACGCUCAGCUGCCUGUCACCCCCGACGUGCUCGUGGUCCCCUCGGAGCUCAAGUACUUUGUGAAGGACGUGCUGGGCUGUGUCUGCGUGAACCCCGGACGCCUCACCAAAGGGCAGGUGGGCGGCACCUUCGGGCGCUUGUCCCUGCGCAGGCAGGCGGCCUCGGCCAGCAGGCGCAGCCCGUGCGUGGCGGCCCAGGUGGUCAGGAUCUGAGCCCCAGGCCUCUCGCAGUCCGGUCUGACUGGAAGAGGAGGCAGCGGCAGCGGCAGGAUAAUGGGGACGCCGGCUCGGACCCAGGCUUCAUUUCCCUGUGGACACAGGCUCCGGGGGCCCAGCUGUGGGCGCGGCCUCGGCAAAGGUGACCUGACCGGGUGACUUUCCACAUGAGCCAGACACGGAAACAACUUUUAGGAAAAUUAAAAUCUAAUCUCAGUGACUUCCCUGUUCUGGGGAAUGGACUAAGCUGGCCUUGCCUUGACCUGCAUCCAGGAAAUGCGGGUGUGACGAGGGUGACCGUGUGGCCCCCAUGGCCUCUGCGGGGCCUCAGCAAGCAGCCGGCUGCAUUCUCCCUCCUCCCUGUGAGGCCCGACCUGACCCCCACCUGGAGAAGGUGGCCCGUUCCUGGGCCAGCACUGGCUGCUCUGUGCUGCUCCCCCGAGUGCUGAGGCCUUUGGACAAAGCCAGGCCUCCCAGGUCCUUGACACACCCCCACAAGUGUCCUGGAAUGGGGGGGGGCUGUCACUGAGCUUGGGGACAGCGGGGUGGGUCGAGCCUGAGAUGGCUGGUUCUCCAUUCAGGUGCUGAUGCUUUUGUCUUGUUUUCAAGAGGCCACAGCACCACUCUUGCUGUUACGACGAUCUCUUUGGAGUUUGAUUUUGGUGGUUCUUGUUUUGGUUAAUUUUGUUAUCUUAAAAUACAGUGCCCCAAAAAAAGCCACAUAGUGCCAGGAAUUGAACCCAGGAUCCUACACACAUAAGACGAGGUGCCUAGCCCCAUGUCUCGCCGGUUUACAGGAAAGCUCUCUUCCAGAGCUGGUCCCCUCCACUUGUGACUUUGGGAACUUUGUGCCCUGCUUCCACAACUGGAUACAGUUGGCCCAGUUUCUGAGCCCCGCUCCUGCUUCCACCAUCGCCAGCUGUCAGCUGAGGGGGGGGGGGGCUCCGCCUGAGGAAGCCGUGCCCGGAGAUUAGCCCAGGGUGGCCUUGAUAACUCCCAGGCCCUAAGCCCUAUCGCCGGGGAGCUGCUGCCUCCCAAGGUUUUGCUGCAGAGGCCUUGGGUGGGGGGUGGUUCUCUCCCGCUCCCCACUCGGCAGGGACAACCAAGGGUGGGGGAAGAGCUGGCGCCCUGGCCUUGAACAGAACCUGAAGCCUGUUACCCAGGUGCAAAUCAAGGAACUCGCAGCGUGGAAAUGGGAGCACCCAGGAGACGGGCAGGCACCUGGAACCCAACAGAAAGGAGGUGGGACAUGAGCCCCGAAGCACAGUCUGCCACAAACUGCCCCUCUGCUCUGGGAUGGAAGUCGGCUCCCAGGCUGCCAGCUGCCAGUCCCUAACCCCUCUUCAGUGGGGUCACAGUUUCUUGAAGUGUCAACCAUCUGGUCUGGGCCCAGAACCCUGGGACCCUCCUGCCACCCUUGGUAGCAUCUCCAUGACUCCUGGUCUGGCCGCAUGCCCUUGAGACUCCAGCCCCAGGACGAAGCUGAAGGCUCAGUGGGGUCCCCUUCCACUCCUCGGUGUCACCAGCCUGUCCUCAGCUGCAGCAGCCUCCAGGACCCCAGCCUCAGGCCGGCCUGGGAAGGGCCGCAGACCCCAGAGUGCUGGAACUAGUAGGAAGAGGCAUGCAGCCCCGAAGUCGGUCCCUGGCACCAAGUGCCAGUGUGAUGCUCUGGUUCUCUCACACAGAUAUUUAUCAAAAAAAAAAAAAAAAAGGAGGGGUGCUGGGAGAGGCCUCCGGCCUCCUAGUGUCCUUUGACACCUCCCUGCUUGGAAUUUCCUGUCCCCUGCCCUGGGUCACCAUGUGACAGCACAGCUUCCCUGUUCAUGAAGCUUCCCCGGUGGGUGCCAGGGACUCAAUCCCAGGCCCUCUGGCAUGAAGGCGUGUGCUCUGCCAGGUGAGCUACCUCCCAACCAGCCCUAGAAGCAGGGUUAUUGAGCUACGACGUACGACUUCGCCAUCUAGCCUGUGCUGGGGAGGCAGUACAGUGGGCGAGGCGUUGGACUCACGGGCAUGGAGCUCCAAGUUCCAUCCCUGAUGUCUCACAUGCCAGAAAGAUAUUCUGGUUCUCUGAAUGUCUUUCUCAUAAAGAAACAGAUGGGUGGUCUGGAAGGUGGCACAGUGGGUAAAGCAUUAGACUCUAAGCAUGAGGUCCAGAGUUUGAUCCCCAGCAGCACAUGUACCAGAGUAAUUCUCUGGUUCUCUUUCCCUCCUAUCUCUCUCAUUUAUAAAAAAAAAAGUUUGAGGCCCAGGUGGUGGUGCACCUGGUUGAGCACACAUAUUACAGUGCACAAGGACCCCGGUUCGAGCCCAUAGUCCCCACCUGCAGGGGGAAAGCUUUGCGAGUGGUGAAGCAGUGCUGCAGGUGUCUCUCUACCUGUCUAUCUCCCCUCCUCUCAAUUUCCGGCUGUCUCUAUCCAAUAAAUAAAUAAAGAUAAUUUUU